CGAAAGUAGUUAGUUUUAUUUUUAUUUUUAAAAAUAGAAUUUGUGCUAAAGAAGAAGCAGAAGAAAGACAUGAAUUUCGAGUUCGUGCAUCAGAUGAAUAUUAUCAAGAAAAUGGUCGUGUACCACGAGAAAAAAUUAGUGAACAACCAAAAUAUGAUAUUGAUGAAUAUUGGUAUGCUAUUCAUGUUUUACAAACACAAUAUACAUUACAAAUAAUUCGUUGUAAUUCAGUUGAAUGUUGUAGUAAAAAAUAUAUGACAAAAAGACUAGCCUUUGCUUGCUUUUGACUACAAAAUGGUUCCAACUUAAGCGAAAUUUACUAGUGUAUUGUAGAAAGACCGAAAGAGAAAAUACGGAAAAAUUUCUACUUACAAUACAUUCUUUAUUUUUAUCAUAGGAGCUGUGUGAUUAUAUUGUGACCAUGUAACCAUGAGUUAGCUAGUUCUGUCCCAUUUCAUGUUUUGAUUAUAUAUAUAAUUGCUUGUAAUCUAAUUCUCAGAUAUUGAAUUAAAUAUGAAUGAGAUCAUCUAUUUUAAUUGAAGUCUUGAUCGAACUGUAAUUAUUCUAUGAAUAAUUAGAUGUAGUACAAAACUACAGAUGCCAUUGUAUAUUAGUGUUAGAAUCACGACUAGCUAUGAGUAGGAUAAUUAAUAUUAAAUCGAAUAAAGGUCCUCUAGGUAAACCGUUAGAUCUUAUUUCUGUGAUGUUUCUUUUUUUUAUUAGUCUAUAUGAAGUUACUAUAUGUGGAUUUGAUACGCACGACUUAAUAUUGUGUUGGUAGUAAAACAUAUCGUUAUUAAGGUGUUAGAGAUGUAAUACUGUAUUACGUUAGAGAUUACAAAUAAGAAUGAAAUUUUUUCGUCGAUAUCUCGAUUUCUAGUCAGUCUAGCUGAUCACAUUUCUACUCAAUUGUUGAUAAUAAAUAAACUUUUUUUGUUUUCUAACCUGUGUAUGUUGAAUGUAUUACGUUGUAGGUAAUACAGGAUUUACUGCCGUGGGAUUUACUGCCGUAAGCAAUCUCUAUUGGGCGCGCUUUGUUUAUAUGCAAAUUUUAAGAAGACUAUAAGUAAAUUAGAGCUAU